AAAUACAACAAACACAUUUUACCCAUUUCUAACAUAACAUCAAAGCCUGAUCCUGUUUUUCAUAAAUUACAUCUAAGUACAGCUCUAUUUUUCCAACUCAUUAGAUAUAAACCAAUCAUUCUGUAAUUGUUUCAACUAAUUUCUGUUUCACAUGUAUAAAAGCUCUUCAACCUCCAAGUUCUCAACCCACCAAAAAUUUCAAUUUCUUUUCUACUUUUCUCCAAAUAAAAAACUCACAUCCACAUUUUUCUUAAAGAAAAUGACUUCUCAUGGUGAAGAGAUCGAAGACGAACAAAUAUCAAGAAUUGAGAAAGGCAAUUGCAAAGAUAGCCAAGGAGGAAUGGAGACGGCCAUAUGUAGUUCUCCUAGCAUUGUUUGCCUUACACAAAAGUUGAUAGCAGAGAUGAUUGGAACCUAUUUCAUAAUAUUCUCUGGAUGUGGAGUAGUGGUAGUGAAUGUCUUGUACGGAGGAACAAUAACAUUUCCAGGGAUCUGUGUGACUUGGGGUCUCAUUGUUAUGGUCAUGAUUUACUCUACUGGUCACAUUUCCGGUGCACAUUUUAACCCUGCCGUCACUGUCACGUUCGCUGUUUUCCGGCGGUUUCCUUGGUAUCAGGUACCAUUGUAUAUAGGUGCACAACUUACGGGAUCAUUACUAGCGAGUUUAACAUUGAGACUAAUGUUCAAUGUGACACCCAAAGCUUUCUUUGGAACAACUCCAACUGAUUCAUCAGGACAAGCACUAGUAGCAGAGAUCAUUAUCUCAUUCCUCCUCAUGUUCGUUAUCUCCGGCGUUGCCACUGAUAGUCGUGCGACUGGAGAAUUAGCUGGAAUCGCGGUGGGGAUGACUAUAAUAUUGAACGUCUUUGUAGCCGGACCUAUUUCGGGAGCAUCAAUGAAUCCAGCGAGAAGUCUUGGACCAGCAAUAGUGAUGGGAAGAUAUAAAGGAAUUUGGGUUUACAUUGUUGGUCCCUUUGUCGGAAUUUUUGCCGGAGGUUUUGUUUACAACUUCAUGAGAUUUACGGAUAAGCCACUACGAGAACUCACAAAAAGUGCUUCUUUCCUCCGUAGUGUUGCCCAAAAAGACAAUGCUUCUAAAUCAGAUGGCUAAUUUGUUUUUUCUUUGUUUGAUAUCAGUUUUACUGUGAAUAUUUGUAUCCAUUCCUUA